AUAAUCGGUUUAUACUAUACAGACGGUCCCUCCAAUCGCACGCAUUUGCGACCUGGAUAACUUCUUUUGAAGUUUAAAUAAUUAUGUAUAAUCAAAUGUUGACUCGAAAAUACGCUUCCCAGCGAAAACAUUUCAUCAUAAAUUAAGACCCAGGAAAUAUGAAUAUCGUCACCAAGGCACGUCUCUUUCAUAUCUUCAGUACGAAUUUGAAGAAAUUACGAUGCACUUGUCGAUUCACUCCGUUACCCGGGGUUUCCAGAUCUCAAGUUUUUUUAUUAUCUUCGUCGUUGUCGCCAUAGGCUCCUUAUCGGAUGAGGCACUGGCUGCACCGAAAUCUCGACCAGCAAAAUCAAAAGAGAAAAAUUCCUCGUUCAGUCUCGAUAAUCUGCGCUCGAAAUUCUUCAGCGCUCUUCUCAAGGCUGCGUCAUUCUUUUGGCAGCUGAUACCGGAUAAGAUGAAACCUUCUCAAAUAACAUCCAAACCCACCAAAAAAUCAGGCAGACCCUUCGACGCCGACGAUAGUUUUUUCGAUGACUGAUUAAAUUAGUGUAGUUGUGAAAAAUCGGAUAUCGAUUCCUAUUUUUUUUUGUUUGUUAAUAUCUAGCUACUGAAAUGAAAAUCAAUGUAAAAACAAAUUAAUAAUACAUAGCUCGCAUUUUAUUAUUGAUCCGUAUGUGCAUUAAAUUAAAAUUCACGGUUUGUAAAGAAUUCAAAAAUUGUUCUAAAACAAUGUGGUAAUUAUAAUACAUACAUUUAUGUACACAUAAAAUUAAUAAUAAUUUGCAAGAAGAAAAUUA